AUGAUCAAAGAGCUCUUGCGCGCAAAACAAGAAGCUGAGGAAGCUGAACUGCGCAGGCAAAAAGAGGAAGAAGAGCGUCUCGCGGCUAUAGCUCGGGCUAAAGAGGAGGAGGAGCGGAUAGCCAAGGAAAAGCGAGAAGCAAGGAAAGCCAAGGAAAAAGCGGCAAUUGAACGUAAAAAGGCUGAAGGAACUUAUCUGACCGCUGCUCAAAGAGAGAAGCAACGGAUAGCUGCAGCAAAGUUGGCCGCAGCCGGAUUGACGAAGCCAGUUCCAACGGUCAAUGAACACGUAAUUUAUGCUAACUUGGAUCGACGCGCUAAGAAGAAGUUCCUGGAACAGAAACAGAAAGAGAGGGAAGAACAGCUGAAGCUACAACAACAGAAAGAAGAAGAGGAGGCAGCUAGGCGUGCUAAAGAAGCUUCGGAGACGCCUCCCCCGUCCAAGGAAGAAACUCCGGAGUCCAAGACACCGGAAACGAAAGAACCCUUAGACGAUUGGGAGAUGGUUCUUCAAGAAGCGAAACAGCAGAAGGAAGAGCAGGAUCGUUUAGAAAAAGAGGAAACUGAGGUGAAACCGCAACCACGAACUAUUGAACAAGUAUCAACAGAAACAAAAACGAGCAAAGAUGAGGAAACUGAAGAAGAAUCGUCUGAAGAAGAGAGCUCGGAAGAGGAGAGUGAAAGUGAAGAAGAAUCUUCAAGUGAAGAUGAGUCGCCGAAGGCAAAGCUCACAAAGGAGGAGGCCAUGGAGGCCGUGCGGCAGCGACUGAUCAAACGUCGUGAACUUGCGGAGUCUAAACGUUCCAGGGACAAUUUACGCGCUCCGGUUAUCUGUGUCCUUGGUCAUGUCGAUACUGGAAAGACGAAAAUGCUGGAUACUAUUCGACGAACAAAUGUACAAGACGGUGAGGCAGGAGGUAUUACCCAACAAAUUGGUGCCACGCAGGUCCCAGCCGAUGCCAUCAAGGAACGGUGUAAGCAAGUGAGAGAUUUCAAUCCCGAUGCUGUGAGAAUCCCAGGCUUCCUCAUUAUUGAUACGCCGGGUCACGAAAGUUUUGCGAAUCUUCGUUCUCGUGGAUCGUCGCUGUGUGAUUUCGCUAUACUGGUUGUGGACAUUAUGCAUGGACUUGAACCACAGACGAUUGAAUCGUUGAAAUUGUUGCUGAAGAGGAAAACGCCCUUCGUUGUUGCUUUAAAUAAGAUUGAUCGAUUGUAUGGAUACGAAUCGAAUCCACGUAAGGACGUUUACCAACAUUUGAAAUCGCAACCACAAAAUACGCAGCUUGAAUUCAAAGAACGUUAUGAUAAGAUUGUUGGAGAAUUUGCUGAACAGGCUCUCAACGUCUGCUUGUCAAAUCAGAAUAAGAAUCUUGAUGAGUACAUCAGUAUGAUUCCCACGUCUGCUUACAUGGGAGAUGGAAUGGAAACCUGA